AUGCGGCUCCUCUCACUUGCUAGUUAUUUCAGCUUAGGCUAUGCAGCCUCUCAACAGGUCCUCCGCCCUGAGAACAUCGAUGGGUUUCGCGUGUUCCAGAGUCAACAUAGCGACCAUGCAAUCCGUAUUCGCCAGCAAGAUGAAACAAUCUGUGCAGCUGGCUCAGCACAAUACACCGGUUGGCUGGAUAUCGGGCCCGUACAUCUUUUCUUCUGGUAUUUUGAAAGUCAGAACGACCCUGUCAAUGACCCAUUAACCCUAUGGAUGACAGGUGGGCCUGGCGGGUCCAGCAUGAUCGGCCUCUUCGAAGAGGUUGGACCCUGUCUCAUCAACAAAGACGGCAACAGUACCAGGUACAACCCCUUUGGAUGGUCUCGAAAUUCAUCAAUGCUAUUUGUUGAUCAGCCCGUGGAUGUUGGCUUUUCCUAUCUUGAUGAGGGUUUUGAAUUACCCGGCGAUUCUGCGACUGCUGCUGUGGAUAUGCAUCGAUUCUUGCAGCUCUUCAUUUCAGAAGUCUUCCCCCAGCAUCUGAACAGUUCUUUCCAUUUGUCUGGUGAAUCUUAUGCAGGAAAAUAUAUUCCGGCUCUUGGCACUCAAAUUGUCAAGCAAAACAAGCUCUAUCCAAAUGAACCCCAAGUUCAGCUUCGAUCGUGUCUGGUGGGAGAUGGGUACAUGUCUCCAAAAGACUCGGCGUUUGGAUACUGGGAAACCCUGUGCACUACCAACCCGGGAGUUGCAGAGCCUGUAUUCAACAAGACAAGAUGCGAUUUUAUGGCUGCCAAUAUGCCCCGCUGCAUGGAAGUCAUGGAUAUUUGCAUUCGUAACCCUGAUCCUGCCAUCUGCAAUGUCGCAAGCAAAGUCUGCUGGGACGGUGUUGUUAGUCUGUAUGACAACGAGGCCGAAUUCAAGGGCGGCCGCAAUAGGUUCGAUAUCACCCAUCCCUGCGAAUAUGACAACAUUUGCUAUGUCGAAGCUUCAUGGAUUCAGGAAUAUCUGAACACCCCGAAAAUCUGGGAUGCGCUCUUGCCGCCGAAACAGAUAAAACAUUACAACAUUACCUCUGACAGAAUUUCAAAUUCAUUCCAAAAGACCGCGGAUCUAGAGACAUCUACUGAUGACCAAGUCACUUAUUUGCUGCAGAACCAGGUUCAUUAUCUAGCUUACCAAGGCAAUCUUGACCUUGCAUGCAACACUGCUGGAAACCUCCGCUGGGCGAAUUCGCUGGUCUGGAAAGGACAAGCUGAAUUUGCAUCCAAGUCGCUCAAGCCGUGGAAAUCGGUUGUUGCUGCGACUGGCACGGAAGAGGUAGUCGGAACGAUGAAGGAGGUCAGGGUUCGCACGAGCGAUGACGUUGAAAUUGAAUCGCGAUUUGCUAUUGUCACUGUUGAUAAUGCUGGUCACUUCCUUCCUCAAGAUCGUCCUGAUAUUGCGGUGGAUUUGAUGACUCGGUGGAUCACAGGUGCGUCCUUUGAUUAGGCAAGCGCUGGUGAACUUUUUGCGAAAGGUCAUUGCAAAGCUCAGG